GCUACUUCUAGGCGGUCCGCCUGGAAUAGCGCUCCCGCCCUUCCUGGUCACUGGGGAUUGCUCCCGGAGCAGGAUCGACGUCCGGAGUCAUCAAUUACUGGAGAUAUGCUGUGAUUGGUAACCUAAAUAAGAGGCGUUUUCCAGCAUUGUGGAAAUCCGGAGCUCUAAUCAGAUUAUUUUCGUCUUUCCUGGAAAGUGAACGAUCCUUUCCAUUUCAAAACCAAGCAAAGGAGCGAGGAUCCUCUUGUCUUUUUGAUCUUUGCUCCUCCUUUCUCUCACUGGACACUUGGAGUCUUUUGCCGCCACCACGCCUCACCCCUACUCAGUUCUUGAGUCAUCUCUUCCUUUUUGCACCCUUUAAAGACUGAAUGCUGGAGGGAAUGCCGCUCCUACUGACAGCUUCCAAGUUCAUCUGAGUAAACCAGGCAGAAAGAGGAACCCUCGACUGAGAAAAAAAGGAGAAAUGAGCCCUUUUCAGCAGGGAAUAUUAAUAUUGCUCUUCUUAUUCCUGGAGUAUUCAGAAGCCAAAAAGCAAUGCUGGUACUUGGAAGGGAUAUUUCCUACCCGUUAUAUAUGUCGAUCCUAUGAAGAUUGUUGUGGUUCAAGAUGCUGCGUGAGAAGUCUGUCGAUCCAGAGACUAUGGUAUUUUUGGUUUCUUCUGAUGAUGGGAGUUCUAUUUUGCUGUGGGGCUGGUUUCUUUAUCCGAAGACGGAUGUAUCCUCCACCACUGGUUGAUGAAACAACUUAUAAUGUGUCAUUCACUCGACCACCUAACUCCAGUACACCAGGAGUCCAGCAGCCAGGAAUGGCCUAUUAUGCAGAUCCAGAAGGAAUGACGAUGAAUCCUAUGGCGAUGAGUUAUCAUGUCCAACCUAAAUCUCCACAAAUGAACCAAGUUUAUCCCCCUCCACCUUCUUACUGCAAUACCCCACCCCCAUCAUAUGAGCAGGCUGUGAAAUCUUUCACAUAAUCUCUUUAUUGAAACCAGCAGGACCUUAGUCAGAAGGAAGAUAAAUUGUGAGCUGAGCUGAAGACUUCUCAGAGCUCUACCAUCCUUUGCUGUUGCUCUAACUACAAUACUUUGGACAAUAGUGAUGGAUUUACAGCACAGGACAAAUUAAGUUUUGACAUAUUCAAAAUGAGAAAAGUUUUGUGUGUGCUUCUCUUCUGAAACCUAUAUUUAAAUUCCCUUUGCUGACCUUUUAAAUUUAUUUUCUUUGUGAUUUUGAUGCAUAUAGUAACACAUGUUUGAGGGAAAGAAUGGUAGUAAGCACAAAACAAUUUAAAACUCUAGGAAGAUAUUGUAUCAUUUUACAGAUGAAAAGAGGAAAAAAGAUGAUGGACUGAAGACAGUUGAAUUACUUGAAGCAAAUGAACUUGUUAAUAAAGCUUAGACAAAUAAAGAGUUGAUAAAGGAAACUUGGAGGAACUGUAGUACAAUAUGUGGAAAACCUUUCAUGUAAGAAUAAAAUCCCUUUGAUUCACUAGCACCAACAUUGGAGGGAAGAAUAUUACAAAAUUUCCUAUGCUACCAGUUUGUUGAAGAUGGGCUGCCAAAAAUAAGAAAAUGCAUUAUCCUUUUGGGAGUGCAGAUGUCAUAGCAAAUUGCUGAUUUGGGAUGGAAUGGAAAAUGCUUCUGAGGGUCAACAGUAAUUUGCCAAGAUAGAAUAAUACAAAAAUUAAUAGAAAAUACUGGUUAUGUAAAGAAAAAGUUUGGAGUUUUUAUAUUGAUUCAGGGGACCUUUUUACAACUGUAUUUUGGCAUACACUGUUUUUAUAGGUAUUCCUAAUUGGAUGUGAGAGGUGCAUCUGAAACAGGAGAACUCAGUAAGGAAUCCUGGUUGGUCUGAUUACAAACAUGGGCUUGCUUUUAUAUUUGAGAAUAGACUACUAGUACUUCCAUUUUGUUUUCAGUUGUUUUCCUUUUUUGACAUUGGAGACUUAUUUCCACAUGACUUUUUCCUGGAGAGUGGUGGGUGGGCUGGUUACAUAGUUAUUUAUUCAGAGUGAAAAUCUUACUGAAAUUGAGAUUUGCCAGGUACUGAGACGUGAUUGCAGAUUUUCCAGGAUGUGAUAAAAGCAUCAUGUAGAAAUCCACAGGUAUAAAUCUCAUCCAUCAAAAGUAUGAGUCUCAGUUUCCAUAGAUUUUUCUCAUUAGAAAUGUCCUGCAUUUGGCUGCUGACAGCCCAGGUUCAAGACCUGAACGCUGCGGGACAGGGUGAGCUUCUGUUACUUGUUCCAGCUUCUGCCCACUUAGCAGUUCGAAAAUUUCCAAAUUCAAGUAAAUAAAUAGAUAACAUGGUGGGAAUGUAACAGUGUUCCAGGUGCUUCGGCAUAUAGUCGUGUUGGCCACAUGAUCACAGAAAAUGUUUUCGGAAAAUGCUGGUCUCCUUGGCUAAGAAAUGAAAUUGAGCACUGUCCCCUAAAGUCAGACUUGCCUGGACAGGGGAAACCUUUACCUUUACUGGCAUUAGAAAUAUUUAGGAACUCAGCUCCUAGAUCUUGUUUCCACUAAAGAAUAAAUGAAACUUAAGGUUACUAGGAUGUAUCUGGACAGUUUUUCUUUUAGCUAGGCUUCUGCAGGUAAACUGAGAAAGCUGGGCAAUUGUGAAUUCUUCCCUUUAAUCUAUAAGUGAUGUAUAGCAGAAUGACAUUCAAAUGAAGGGAGAAGAAAACCAGAUAAUGCUAUGAAAGUUUACAUGAAUGGAUAAUGUACCACCAAUUCAUCUAUCCAUAAUAUUGGACUUCAGUCUUUAAAAAAAUGGGAAAUUUCUAGAUAAUCUGUAAGAUCUGAAGGAGUAUCUGAGAGGCACCUCCAUUUCAGUGCAUGGACAUCUUUGGAGGCAGUAUUCAAAUGAGACUUUGAUUUUAAUUAAUUCAGUACCUUGACUGAAUAUAUGUUAUUUUCGUUGUGUAUUGGUCAAAUGAAUAUAUUUUGAAAAAAAGCGAAACUCUGGCAUUUACAUUUUAGACAUAUAUCUAAACUAUUUUAAAUGUUUGUUUACAAUAUGCAAAAGAUUUGCAUCACAGCUAUAAUGAGCAAUUUUUUUCAAGAAGCGAGAUUGCUGGAUCAUUUUUUUCUACCUAGCCUUCUGUAAUACAUGAAACUUCCUUGAUAAUUCUUAAAAAUAGUAAGAAAGAAGCUAUUGCUAUUCAAUUUUAGUGUCUUGCUUCUGAGCCAAGUGUAAAUGAUUAAAUUCUAGAAAUUUUUAAGUUUAUUAGCAUUUCAUGAAUAUUUAAACUGGGCUGCAAUUUAAACUGGGCUGCAAUUACAUCUUCAGUUUCAGAUGUAAUCAAACUUUUGAACAUUUUUUGAACUAUACAUCUCAACUUCAGCCUUUAAUCUGAAAUAACUGUUUUUUUUUUUAAUUUUUUUUUUAAAUUUGAUUUAUAUGCCGCCCUUCUCCGAAGACUCAGGGCGGCUUACAAUGUGCUCAGCAAUAUGUUUUAUGUACUGUUCCCUGAAUAUUACUUUUAAUUUUAAUUACAAGGGGCAAUUGCUGUGCUAAGUUAGAAACUUUGACAGGAUCAAAGAUAAUAUAAUACCAUAAUGUAUAUAAUGUAAUAUUAUCUGAAAACAUAGAAGAUUGCAAUGUUCAGCCUGCAGAACCUUCAUUCAUGAUUUGUCAGUUAUAGUGAAAAUACAUAUUGAAUGUAGGAAAGUAACAACUACUGAACACUAAGGAAGUUAUGAAGUCUAAAAAAAAAAUCAAUUGAUGCCCCAGUUCUUGAAAAAAUACUUUUAUUAUAUAUAGAUCUUCAGUAUUUGAGAAAGGAACUAUUAUUGUUGCAGUAGCUUUUCUGCAGAAUAAAAUUUCAGUUAAAUUCUUUCUGAAAUUCAGAAAGUUUAAAAACACUAAGUAGCAAACAAUAAACUGAAAAGCCAUUAGUACAAAUUGAAUUAAUGGGAACUUUAUCUAUUAUCUUGCAAAAUUAAGUCCUAAAGAUAUCAAGGAGAAAUGAUCACAUAUUGACCCUUUUCCCUUUACCAGAUCGUGAUCUAUUGAUAGGCUCCAGAUUUUUCUCAAUGUAAAACAAGAUUUUUCUAUUGAGAAAACAACAAUUAAAUUGAAGGUACAAAAUGUGGUUGUAAAAUUCAGACUCUGCAAUCAUACAAUUUUCAAUUAUAUGCAUCAUUCAUUCUAGUUUUGCUCUCAAAGCCUAUAAAAAGUAGCAUAGUUAUAAUUACAUACCUGAUUCAAAAGAAUUAACUUACAAAGUAUAGCUGCAAGACUUACUUUGAGAAUUCAAGGUUAGGAAAAAGGACUAGAGACCUUACAAUAUAUACAAUACAAUACAAUAAUGUAUGCAGUGGUGGGAUUCAGCCGGUUCUGUCCAGAUCGUGCAAACCAGUAGCAGCGACUGUGGAAGGCUCCCCCCCCACCCAGCCAGACAUAAUGUGUGACUACUGCACAUGCACAGAAGGCUGUGCACAUGUGCAGAGGUGGCGCACUUGAGUGAAGCUAAUGCGCGAGUGCGUACGCUCACAUUUGCAAACCGGUAGGGAAGGUAAGUGAAUCCCACCUCUGACUGUAUGUAUGUUAAAUCUUUUUCUAUUCUAUUUGAAUGAUUGUUAUUUUUAAAAUCAUACUUAUCAAGAAGUUUCCUAGAUACAAAUAUACCAUAAAAACUAUUUAUAGUUUUCUAAAAACAUGUAGAAAGUAAUAAAACGUAGGCCAUCCUUUUAUAUUCUAUUAUAUAUGUUGAGGUGAGUUCCUUGUUAUAUAUCCCGAGAGAUACUCUAGCUAUAUAAAAGUUCCAGUACAUAAAUCUUAAUCAUUUUUUUAAAAGUUGUGGGUCAUUAUUAUGUAAUUUAAGAGAACAGUUUGGUUCUCAAGUUAUUACAGAGGAAGUUUACAAACAUUUUGCAAAUGCUACAUAGCAUCUAUUACUUUGAUUAAUCACACAAACUAUAAUAUGAAGAAAAUGUUGGGCUGUGUUUAUUCUAAGUGCAGAUAGGGAUGGGAUCACAUGGAAAAAAAUAUUAAAAAUGAACACAUCAAGAAAAAGGUUAAUCUCUUUUUGUCAUAGUUCAUUUUUAUGUAUUUAAGACUUUAUGCAUUUAAGAGUUUAUGCACUUAGCACUCUGAAAAAUCUUACAAUGCCAGAAUAGUUGAGACUGGUUCCAAAGCUAAACAUAUAGAUAAGAUUCAAUCUGAGAUAAUUCAGUUGUUAUAAAGAGCACUUUCCCUGUUGCUCCCCAGAAGCCAGUAAAAUAUGUGUAAAGACUUGCAGAAUUUUACUAUUAUUAUUAACCUGAACAAAAAAAUUAAAAAGGACAUUUCAUAAAAUGUAAUAGACAUAAGAAUUAUGCCUCUUUUUGGAGUGUUAAAGCAGCAGCCUCUUCUGGAACUAUGAAUGUGGUAUCUUUAAAGGGUUUUUUUCUGGCUGUUAAUACGGGUUCAUAAUAUACUUCACUGUAUAUGGGAAAAGUUGUGCAAUGAUUGUGUCAAUCUCUCCGAAGGAAACAUCUGCUCUAAUGCUUUGAGGACUACUUGGCUCAUGCCAAUACAUCUUGUGUAGUUCCUUUUUGAAUGUUUUGUAUAGCUAAAAUAAUUAUGUUUUGUAGUAGCCAGAAAUAUAAUAGUUAUGUGUCUAUUUCACCUAUAGUCCACAUUUACCAUGAUAACAAUCCUUAGACAUGUGUGGGGUUGAAUUGAGAAGCGCAAAUCAAAUCUAUCUUGGCUUUCUACAUACUAUGUAAGCAAUUUCUGUUCCAUCAAUACAAUAAUAAGAUAGGAUCAGUUCACCUGCAUUUUCAUAAUUGGUUGGCUGCUACAUUAUUAGGUUGCAAAUAUGUGUGAAUCAUGUCUGAUAGAACCACCAUAUCAUUAAAAUAAUUAAGCACAAUAUUUAUUGUUAAUUGGCAGCAAAAAGAGAUAUCAAAGGCUGAAUUAAUUUUGGUAUGAGAGAACCUGAUUUAUUAUUGAGCUGUCAGGCUUGAAUUAUAGCCUCUCCUUUUCUCAUUCUACUAUUUAGCUUUUGUGAGUUUCUUUUAGCAGAACUUUUAGAAAACUAGAAAGGUGCAUACUUAAAAUUUGGGAGGAAUCUAGGAGUUGGGUUUAUAAGAGUUCAUUAAGUGCUGCCCAUCUUUGUUUCAUAAUUCAAGAGCUGAUUGUAGUAAAAGUUAGUCUUUGUUUUAAAAUGAAUUGCUUUCAGUUUUGUUUAUAAUAUGGUCUGAGUUGCCUCACUGCACUUAAUGAUUGUAUAUAUUUUCAGAAAUAGCACAACUUUAAAGCCGCAUAGGUUAACUGAUAAAUCAGGAGUACCUCUCUUAAUGUGCUGAAUUCUAUAGCUGGUAGGCAUUCUUCAAAGCUUUAAGCUAGUCAGUAUGUGCUGAAAGCUGUUAAUUUUUAAACUGUUUUUGUUGUAAUUUUUAAAUUGUUAAUUUCCUUGUUAACAUUGUCUGGAAUUUAUUUUUAUAGUCAAAUCUUAUUCAAUACAUUGAAAUUGAAUGUCAAAUAUUUUUCAUUGAAGUUUUUUCUUAUGUUUUUAUUAUUAGAUUAUAUCACAUGUGGAGAUCUCGGUGCUCUCUGAGAUUUGUUGAUUGAUUGCAAAAGUUUAAUUAUUUGACUAGGUUACAUAAUCAGUGCAUGUAUAGUUUGUUUCCUAUUUAAAUACAGUAGCUUCCCUUGCCAGUUUUUGUGUAUAUAAUUGUACAGUCCUUACACUGUGUAUUAUGGAUGACUCCUGUUUUUCUUUUUCUUGGCUACUGGGUCAUUUAGUUUACUUAAGAUAUUUUGGAGGGCUUUAGUUAAUUUGUGUGCUAUGGUGAUGCCAUUUGAUUGUAAUGAUCUGUUUGAUGGUUUCUGAGAUGCUGGCUUUUGUUGAUUUGUGUGCUACACUGAUGCUAUGUGGUUGUAAUAGUCUCUUGGUUGUUUUUUAUAUUUUUUAAAUAUAUGACAGUGUUAUUUUUUUCAUAGCUUGUAUUGGUUGUCCUGAAAUAGGUUGAGUGGUCAGGCACCUUUUGAUAAAGUUGUGUGGUAUCUAUUUUGUUGGAAGAUGUUGUAUAGGGAGUCUAUUUCCUUUUUCUGGUGUUCUUAGUUGCUGCAAUGUGUAUGUACUCAUAUGAAUAAUGUCCUUACACUGUUCCCCUUGUGAGAAACUGGCUUGUUAUUUAGUUAAUGCAAAGAUUGCAUAGAUUUGCACUUCUAAUUUGCUAUCAGUUCUUCUUCUGCUGAGGAUAUUCAGGAAGAGUAAUAUGUUGCUUUCUUUUUCUCUUAUUAAUAUUAUUAAUAUAAUAUUAUUGAGGAUGACAUUGAUUGUUUCACAUCUCUUCUCUCCUUGUACCUUUUUCAUUAUGGCAAAGGUGUCAUCUGCAUACCAGGUCCAUAAUUUUGGCUGUAUGUGUGGGAGGGCUGUAUUUUCUAGAUACUGCAUUAGCCUCUGCUAUUGAGAUUGCUAUGAGUUAUGAGAGUAGUGAUUCCAUGAGUGUUCUGAUUUGUUGCUCUAUUUGUCUGUUAAAUUAGCAAUGAAGCAGAGGUUGAUGAAUUUCAGCAUCUAUUUUUAGGUCUUUGAUUUUGUGGCAGCACCAUAGUGUUGAGUUGAUAGAAUAUUCAGUCCAUUCUGUGAGAUGUCCAAGCUUUUUUGUACAUUCUUUGGCUGUAUUGUGUUGGGUCUCUGGCAAUAAUACAAUUGGAUGAGGAGGUAUGUUGGGCUUGUGUCGUUUGGAAGCAUGGGAGGAUGCAUCCAGAAAGAUUAAUGCAAUUUUUUGUCACUGUUUGUCACUAUGUAAAUAUUCAAUUAUAUUCAAAAUUACUCUUACGUUAUCUUUUAGUUGUCUUUUAGGUAAGAAACGACAUUGGUCUUCAUGUAUAUAAUCCUGUAAAAAAUGUUUAAGUAUUUCAGCUAAAAUAGAUGUAAAGAGUUUGUAAUCAUUACUAAGGAGGGAAAUUGGCCUGUAAUUCUUCACAGAAGUUAAAUCCAAUCCAUCUUUGGGUAUUAAAGAAAUGUAGGCAUCUUCUAAGAAUCUGGCAUAGAAUUCACUUCUAGAAUAGAAUUCAUCAAGUUCUUCAUCGAAAGAAGUAGUGGAUCUUCAAAACUUUCAUAAAAUCCACUUGGUAGGCUAUCUAGAGUUUUGUGUGUUUUACCUCUUUUAAUUGCUUCUAUUAUUUCAAAAGUUGUUAUUGGACUGUUCAAAAUUUGCUUGUAGUUUUCUGAUGGUUUAGGAAGAUUUUUAGUUGAUAUAUUAAUUCUCCAUACUGUCCAAAGAGAUUUCUUGUGCUUUAUAUAAAUUGGUAUAAUAUUUCCAAAAAAAUAUUUGAAUGUUUUUAUUAUCCAUGUAAAUCUUAUUCCCAUCUUUAAUCUUAUCUUUUCUGUCUAUUUUCUUAGUUUGUAUGCGAACCAUAUCUCUGGUUUAUUUUUAUGUUCAAAAAAGUGUUGUUUUGUAUAUUUAAGUUUCUUUUCAAUAGCUGAAACAAUCAACAAGUUUGUUAUUCAAUAAUUUUAGCUGAUUAAGUGUGUUAGAAUUUUCUGGUAAAUUCUGGAGUUCUCUCUCCUUCAAUUAAAGCUUGAAAGAAAUUUUUUAUAAA